GGGAGCGGGCUGGAGCGCGGCGGAGCUCCUGCCGCCGCCGCAGCCGCCGCCGCCGCAGCGAAGAGGCCAUGUUGUGUGGUGUGUGGGGCGGGGGGAGGAGGAGGAGGGAGUAAAGCCGAGAGAGGAGACGGGAGAGAGACACCACACACACACGGCACAAGAUGGCCGGAGAGGCAGCAGCACCCCGAGCUGUCAGGCGUUCCGCCGCGGCCGCAGGGCCCGGCGGCCGGCUGGGAGCUGCGCGCGGGCGGCCCGCAGGCCCGCGAGAGUCGAGGCGGCCGCGGCUGAGGCGAGGCGGGCCGCGCGCCGGCGUUAGAGCCCGCGGCAGAGGCUCCCGGGGCGGCCGGGCCCGCGACGCCGAAAGCGCCGCUGCCGCAGCGGCUGCGGAGGCUCCUCGGGGCCCCGGCGCCUGGACCCGGCGCGGGCGGGAGGCUCGGGCAGGCGUUCCGGCCCGGGACUCGGGUUUGGGCGACUAGGAGCUGCCGGCGGCCGCGUUCGGACCCGGUGACUUAACAAGAUUAAAAUUAUUUGGUUGCUGAUGGUUCUGAACAAAUACAAUUCUUUUAUUUGAGGUAUGCCAUUUUGAAGACGGAGACAUUGGAGUUUUAUCCUUGAGGAUAAAGGAAAUCUUUAGGAAAGUCUGUAUUGUAUAUAGCAAAAAUGUGAAUCCCUAAACUGAAUCCUUUAAAGGACCUGUACAACAUAGUAGACACUGGUGGAAGGAUUUAUAUGCAGUCAGCUUGAAGAGUCUCAAAUGGACCCUACCACUGAAAAUCAAGAUGGCUGUCCAGUAUGGGGAAUUGAGGAAAAUGGAUUAAUACAAGAGUCCUGUGAUAAUAUACAACCCAAGACAGGGUUCUUUUAACAUGGAUUCCAUGAAAUGAAUGAAGACAUAGGUUUCUUACCCAACACAAAUGGACAGUGGACCUGACUUUCUAAAGACUUUUUGUAUCAUUAACACAAGUACAUUUUUGACAUUUGGAGAAGAAAGAUGGCACAUUAUCACAGUUAAUAGUUUGUAUGCCUGGAAUUUUUUGAAGUUUGAUUUGUAUGAGUAUGACCUCGUGGAAUGUUAACUUUAAUAAAAUUUAUAACACUUUAAAAUUUCUCAGUUUGGGCUUUUUUUUUUAAGCAGAAGUUUCAUUAAAUGUUCAGUUAUUGCUUUAAUAACACUAUGACCUUUACAGUUGCCCAGCGGUAAAGUGUACUGAAUAAAGCUGGUAAAAUAGAAAUGGUGUGCUGAAAGAUGUUUUUCUUGGUUAUUUAAGAUUUAUCUUUUUUCCACAAAGUUGUGGAAAUUUUUUGUGCUUUGAGAUGGUCAUUCGGUUGAAAUGUUAUUUUGUUUGUGCUUUCGUGAAACACCUUGCAAAACAUCUUAAUCAACGGGUAACGUAAUAGAAUCUUUAAUCUGUGGUGUGAUUUUAAAGAACUUUUAGAACAAAAUGGUGUUGCCCCCAAAUUCAGGAUGAGUGAUAUAGUAUUUUUCUCCGAAUCAUAUUGUGUUGAUGGAAAUGGUUCCUUUUACUUAUGCUUUUUAAUAUAAAUAAAAUGUCCUGCAGUAGAUAUUUCAUCUCAAUAUGUAAAUAAACUGAUGUCUCCUAUUGUCUUAAUAUUAUGGGAAGAACUGUUGGAUUUAUAGGGAAGUAUCUUUGGUAUUCACAAAAGGACUUAAAAUGUUGUUGGCAGUAAUGUGUAUAACAUCUUAUGUAUGUUUGAAAUAGGAUUAAUAUCUUAUAUUUUUCUUAUUCUAUACAAUUGGGAAUUUAGAAUAAAUGAAUUAUUCCAUGCCAUAGAUUGUUAUGUUUACAGGUUUUUGUUUAUUUGUAAUCAACUAAUACCAGUUUCAGUAACUAUUACAAAGGUGGUAGGCUUUAUGUUGAGAGACCAAAUGAAUUGUUAAUUAUAUGUUCGCAUUAUACAGAGAACUAGGACUAGUUUAGGUUAAAAUUUCUUUUGUUAGAAAUAGUUACUCAUACUGUGAUUAAUGUCAAAUACUAUAGCAUAGGUAUCCAUGAACAAUACAUGCACAGUAUUCUUGUUGACUGAUUUGAGGUGGUUGGUCUUUGUAUAAACUCAUAAGUGGAAUUUUGGAUUUUGGUACAAAAGUUAUCUUUAUGUAGGAAGUAUGGAAUUGAAAGUUUUGAUUAUGGAUUUUAUAUUUACCUGUAUUGGACCUUGUUGCUUUGUUGGGUGUGAAUCUAAAAUGGAUUUCUUCUGAGGGAAGGAUAUGGUUCUAGCAGAUUAUGUUGAAUAAGGAAAGUGGAUUGGAUUUCUGGGGGCAUGUGAAUGUGUUUACUUGUUUGCAUGGGGUGCUUGGUGAGAAUAUUGAAUAAUGAUUUUUGGAAUUAGUAAUAAUUUUAUUUCUGUAGGGCUCAUGGCUUUGAUAUUUAGGAGAAUUUGCCCUGUGACAUUACUUUGAUAAUUUGCAUCAGAUAUUACCUGUUUUCAUUGUUGGAAUGGGUGUAUACUUAGAAUUUGAUUUGAAGUAUAAGGGAAGUGUUGGGAUAUGGGUGUUUACUAUUGGUUUUGGAGGUGGAGUUUCUUGGGUUUUUGUUAAGGCGACUGGUUGGUCCAUACUCUUGAAUUUGAAGAACUUUGUUUUGCCUGAAUCAUUGUGGGAAAUAAAUACAUUGUGGCUGUGAGAAGUUUUUUGAAGGUAAAAUGUUCAAGGUUAUAUAAUGGGUUAAAGAAUUUUGUGCAAGUACAAAGAAAAUUUGUAAUUCUUGAAUAAAAAUUGUUUGCAUUAACUUUUGCUCUAAUGCAACUGAACACUAGGGAGGCGCUCUUGAGUUGUAAAACUUACCCCUUCUAGUUGGGAUGGGAGAUUCCCCCUUAAACUUUAUAUUUAGGUGAUUUUUAGGCAUCAUAAAGAAGGCAAAACUUGGAUUUAGUUUAUGAAAUUGAGGUUUUGCUUUUAUUUAGAAAUCAUUUUACCCAUGAGGGGGUUAAUUUUUAAAAAGAUUAGUACUUAAGCUGAGCUUUAGAUUCUCUAAGAAUUAUCCCUUUUUCAAAAUGGCUUGAUAAAACACCACUUCCUGUCCAGGGAGGAAGUUAUUUUAGCUCAAGGACUGAAAUAUUUAGCAGAUCUUUAGACAAAAGGAACAAAUUACAUUUCUCUCUGGCUUAAAAAGGGUGUUUGAGCCAGAGGGGGUUAAGAAAGCCCUCCCCCUCCCUCUGUUGGGGUGGUCUGGAGGGGCAGGGAGGUGUGGGGGUGGGGGUCCUAAGGCUCCCUGGGAUGGAGGAUUUUUUUUUUUUUUUUUGGUGGAGAUGAAGGGGUGGGUCUAUGGUACAUCACCUGAGUUGUGGGGUAAAUGUAGAGAGUGUCAAUCAAAGGCAGAGCUCUCAGAGCUGGGAAGGAGGCUCUAGAUGGCGGCUGUGCCUUAGAGCGCGCUCUGCUCCCUGCCUUUGCCUCACUUUACGCAACUUUCCCUAACUUUUGGGUAGCCUCAGGGGGCCUCCGCAGCCCCCUGCCUCUCCUAGUGACUUACUGGGGUCGAUUCGAACCCUUUUUAGGGAGAAAAGCAGCUUUUAGGAGCUUUCUUUUCGUGCCUUGUUGGAAAGAAGCAGCCGUACUGAGAGCCCAGGUCGUUGUUUUUUCCAGCUUAGAAGCCAUGGCGCACCUCCAUUUUUGUGCGCUCUCCUAAUGAGGUUUUUUUUCUUUCGGACCCGUUUUGGGAUUAAUUAUUGCUUUAUUUUUUUGACCAGUUAACAUAUUUGAGGAUUAUUUUAUUUAUUUUUCAUUUUUUAACGGAGGAUUUUGCCUUUAUUUUUAAUUAUUUGGGAUCUGAUAUUUUUCUACUACUAGAUAGGACUCUUGCUUUGGACAUACUACAUGGAUCAGUAAAUACCUGGGCACAGGACUUCAAAGCAAACACAGAUUUCCCCUCCCCCUUAAUAUUUAAGAAUUAAAAGAUGAUGAGAAAUAAGGACAAAAGCCAAGAGGAGGACAGUUCGCUACACAGCAAUGCAUCGAGUCAUUCAGCCUCUGAAGAAGCUUCAGGUUCAGACUCAGGCAGUCAAUCGGAAAGCGAGCAGGGCAGUGAUCCAGGAAGUGGACAUGGCAGCGAGUCGAAUAGCAGUUCUGAGUCUUCUGAGAGUCAGUCGGAAUCUGAGAGUGAAUCAGCAGGUUCCAAAUCCCAGCCAGUUCUUCCAGAAGCCAAAGAGAAGCCAGCCUCUAAGAAGGAACGGAUAGCUGAUGUGAAGAAGAUGUGGGAAGAAUAUCCUGAUGUUUAUGGGGUCAGGCGGUCAAACCGAAGCAGACAAGAGCCCUCACGAUUUAAUAUUAAGGAAGAGGCAAGUAGCGGGUCUGAGAGUGGGAGCCCAAAAAGAAGAGGCCAGAGGCAGCUGAAAAAACAAGAAAAAUGGAAACGGGAGCCCUCAGAAGACGAACAUGAACAAGGUACCAGUGCAGAGAGUGAGCCAGAGCAAAAGAAAGUGAAAGCCAGAAGACCUGCCCCCAGAAGAACAGUGCCCAAACCCCGUGUUAAAAAGCAACCUAAGACUCAGCGUGGAAAGAGAAAAAAGCAAGAUUCUUCUGAUGAUGAUGAUGAAGAUGAUGAAGCUCCCAAAAGGCAGACUCGUCGAAGAGCAGCUAAAAAUGUUAGUUAUAAAGAAGAUGAUGACUUUGAGACUGACUCAGAUGAUCUUAUUGAAAUGACAGGAGAAGGAGUUGAUGAACAACAGGAUAAUAGUGAAACUAUUGAAAAGGUCUUAGAUUCAAGACUGGGAAAGAAAGGAGCCACUGGCGCUUCUACUACUGUAUAUGCAGUUGAAGCUAAUGGAGACCCUAGUGGUGACUUUAACACUGAAAAGGAUGAAGGUGAAAUCCAGUACCUCAUCAAGUGGAAGGGUUGGUCUUACAUUCACAGCACAUGGGAGAGUGAAGAAUCCUUACAGCAACAGAAAGUAAAAGGUCUAAAAAAACUAGAGAAUUUCAAGAAGAAAGAGGAUGAAAUCAAGCAAUGGUUAGGGAAAGUUUCUCCUGAAGAUGUGGAAUAUUUCAACUGCCAACAGGAGCUGGCCUCAGAGUUGAUUAAACAGUAUCAGAUAGUAGAGAGAGUAAUAGCUGUGAAGACAAGUAAAUCUACAUUGGGUCAGACAGAUUUUCCAGCUCAUAGUCGGAAGCCGGCACCUUCGAAUGAACCUGAAUAUCUUUGUAAAUGGAUGGGACUGCCCUAUUCAGAGUGUAGCUGGGAAGAUGAAGCCCUGAUUGGAAAGAAAUUUCAGAACUGCAUCGAUAGCUUCCACAGUAGGAACAACUCAAAAACCAUCCCUACAAGAGAAUGCAAGGCCCUGAAGCAGAGACCACGAUUUGUAGCUUUAAAGAAACAGCCAGCAUAUUUAGGAGGGGAGAAUCUGGAGCUCCGAGAUUAUCAGCUAGAAGGUCUCAACUGGCUUGCUCAUUCCUGGUGCAAAAGUAACAGUGUAAUCCUUGCUGAUGAAAUGGGCCUAGGAAAGACCAUCCAGACCAUAUCAUUCCUCUCCUACCUGUUCCACCAACACCAGCUGUAUGGCCCCUUUCUUAUAGUCGUCCCUUUAUCCACCCUCACCUCAUGGCAGAGGGAGUUUGAAAUCUGGGCACCAGAGAUUAACGUAGUGGUUUACAUAGGUGACCUGAUGAGCAGAAAUACGAUAAGGGAGUAUGAAUGGAUUCAUUCCCAAACCAAAAGGCUGAAGUUCAAUGCACUUAUAACAACAUAUGAGAUCCUCUUAAAAGAUAAGACUGUGCUGGGCAGUAUUAACUGGGCCUUUCUGGGAGUGGACGAAGCCCAUCGGUUGAAGAAUGAUGACUCUUUAUUGUAUAAAACUCUGAUUGAUUUCAAGUCCAACCAUAGGCUCCUGAUUACGGGGACCCCUCUUCAGAAUUCCCUCAAAGAGCUCUGGUCCUUGCUGCACUUUAUUAUGCCGGAGAAGUUUGAGUUCUGGGAAGAUUUUGAAGAAGACCAUGGCAAAGGGAGAGAGAAUGGCUACCAGAGUCUUCAUAAGGUGCUAGAGCCUUUCCUUCUCCGGAGAGUCAAAAAAGAUGUGGAGAAAUCCCUUCCUGCCAAAGUGGAACAGAUUCUCAGGGUGGAGAUGUCGGCCCUUCAAAAACAGUAUUACAAAUGGAUUCUGACCAGGAAUUACAAGGCUCUUGCAAAAGGCACAAGAGGCAGCACAUCUGGUUUCCUUAAUAUUGUGAUGGAACUGAAAAAAUGCUGCAACCACUGCUAUUUGAUUAAACCCCCUGAAGAAAAUGAAAGGGAAAAUGGACAGGAGAUUCUUCUGUCCUUAAUCAGGAGCAGUGGGAAGCUGAUUCUGUUAGACAAACUGUUGACAAGACUUCGAGAAAGGGGGAACAGAGUCCUUAUCUUCUCUCAGAUGGUGAGAAUGUUGGAUAUUCUGGCCGAGUACCUGACUAUUAAACACUAUCCUUUCCAGCGUCUGGAUGGUUCCAUCAAGGGAGAAAUCCGAAAACAGGCACUGGACCACUUCAAUGCAGAUGGGUCUGAGGACUUCUGUUUCCUGCUUUCGACAAGGGCUGGUGGCCUAGGAAUCAAUUUGGCUUCAGCGGACACAGUCGUCAUCUUUGACUCUGACUGGAACCCCCAGAACGACUUGCAGGCACAAGCCCGAGCCCAUAGAAUUGGUCAGAAGAAGCAGGUAAAUAUUUACCGCUUAGUUACAAAGGGGACUGUGGAGGAGGAGAUCAUCGAACGGGCCAAAAAGAAGAUGGUAUUGGACCAUCUCGUGAUUCAACGCAUGGACACCACUGGCCGGACAGUCCUGGAAAAUAACUCGGGAAGGUCUAACUCAAAUCCUUUUAAUAAAGAAGAGCUGACAGCUAUUUUGAAAUUUGGAGCAGAGGAUCUCUUCAAAGAACUUGAAGGGGAGGAGUCAGAACCUCAGGUAAUUAACAAUGACAAACUCCUGGGCUUGAGUGAUCCUAGAGAGAAUGAAGUGUCAACAAGUGCAACAGAUGAGCUUCUGUCACAAUUUAAGGUUGCCAACUUUGCAACAAUGGAAGAUGAAGAAGAGCUAGAAGAGCGUCCUCACAAGGACUGGGAUGAGAUCAUUCCAGAGGAGCAAAGGAAAAAGGUAGAGGAGGAAGAGCGGCAGAAGGAGCUAGAAGAAAUUUAUAUGCUGCCUCGAAUUCGGAGUUCCACUAAAAAGGCUCAGACAAAUGACAGUGACUCUGAUACUGAGUCUAAGAGACAGGCCCAGAGAUCCUCUGCCUCCGAGAGUGAGACGGAUGACUCUGAUGAUGACAAGAAGCCAAAGCGCAGAGGGCGCCCCAGAAGCGUGCGGAAAGACCUUGUGGAGGGAUUUACCGACGCGGAGAUCCGAAGGUUCAUCAAGGCUUAUAAGAAGUUUGGUCUCCCUCUUGAACGGCUGGAGUGCAUAGCGCGUGAUGCCGAGCUGGUAGACAAGUCUGUUGCAGAUCUGAAACGCCUGGGUGAACUGAUUCACAACAGCUGUGUGUCAGCAAUGCAGGAGUAUGAAGAACAGCUGAAAGAAAAUGCGAGCGAGGGGAAAGGACCAGGGAAAAGGAGAGGUCCAACAAUCAAGAUAUCUGGAGUUCAAGUUAAUGUGAAAUCUAUUAUCCAACAUGAAGAAGAGUUUGAGAUGCUGCAUAAAUCUAUCCCUGUGGACCCAGAAGAAAAAAAAAAAUAUUGCUUAACCUGUCGUGUCAAAGCUGCACAUUUUGAUGUAGAGUGGGGAGUAGAGGAUGAUUCUCGCCUGUUGCUGGGAAUUUAUGAACAUGGCUAUGGAAACUGGGAAUUAAUUAAAACAGAUCCAGAACUUAAAUUAACUGACAAAAUUCUGCCCGUGGAGACAGAUAAAAAGCCCCAGGGGAAACAGCUGCAGACCCGAGCGGACUACUUGCUGAAGCUGCUCAGGAAGGGUCUGGAGAAGAAGGGGGCCGUGACAGGUGGGGAGGAGGCGAAAUUAAAGAAGCGGAAGCCUCGAGUAAAGAAGGAAAACAAAGCGCCCAGGAUGAAAGAUGAGCAUGGAAUUGAGUUUUCAUCUCCCAGGCAUUCAGAUAAUCCAUCAGAAGAGGGAGAAGUAAAGGAUGAUGGUUUAGAAAAAAGUCCAAUGAAGAAAAAACAAAAGAAGAAAGAGAACAAGGAGAACAAGGAGAAACAAAUGAGUUCUAGGAAAGAUAAAGAAGGAGACAAGGAAAGGAAGAAGUCAAAAGAUAAGAAAGAGAAGCCUAAAGGUGGUGAUGCCAAAUCUUCGAGUAAAUCAAAGCGAUCUCAGGGUCCUGUCCAUAUUACAGCAGGAAGUGAACCUGUCCCUAUUGGAGAAGAUGAGGAUGAUGAUCUGGACCAGGAGACAUUCAGCAUAUGUAAGGAGAGGAUGAGGCCCGUGAAAAAGGCACUGAAACAGCUGGACAAACCUGACAAGGGACUAAACGUGCAAGAACAGCUGGAACACACCCGAAACUGCCUGCUGAAAAUUGGAGACCGGAUAGCCGAGUGCCUUAAAGCCUACUCAGACCAAGAGCACAUCAAACUGUGGAGGAGGAACCUGUGGAUUUUUGUUUCCAAGUUUACAGAAUUUGAUGCUCGAAAACUACAUAAGUUAUACAAGAUGGCUCAUAAGAAAAGAUCUCAAGAAGAGGAGGAGCAAAAGAAGAAAGAUGACAUGCUUGGUGGUAAGAAACCUUUUCGACCAGAGGCCUCAGGCUCAAGCCGGGAUUCUCUGAUAUCUCAGUCCCAUACCUCACACAACCUUCACCCUCAGAAGCCUCAUUUGCCUGCCUCCCAUGGCCCACAGAUGCAUGGACACCCAAGAGAUAACUACAAUCACCCCAAUAAGAGACACUUCAGUAAUGCAGAUCGAGGAGACUGGCAGAGGGAAAGAAAGUUCAACUAUGGUAGUGGCAACAAUCCGCCUUGGGGCGACAGGCACCAUCAGUAUGAGCAGCACUGGUAUAAGGAUCACCAUUAUGGGGACCGGCGACACAUGGAUGCCCAUCGUUCUGGAAGCUAUCGGCCCAACAACCUAUCCAGAAAGAGACCUUAUGACCAGUACAGCAGUGACCGAGACCACCGGGGACACAGAGAUUACUAUGACAGGCACCAUCAUGAUUCCAAGCGGAGGAGAUCUGAUGAAUUUAGGCCUCAGAAUUACCACCAGCAGGAUUUCCGAAGAAUGUCUGAUCACCGCCCCCCUAUGGGCUACCAUGGGCAGGGACCCUCAGACCAUUACCGUUCUUUCCACACAGACAAAUUGGGGGAAUAUAAGCAGCCCCUGCCCCCAUUGCACCCCGCAGUCUCAGAUCCUCGCUCACCCCCUUCUCAGAAAUCUCCUCACGAUUCCAAGUCACCCCUGGAUCAUAGGUCUCCUUUGGAGAGAUCACUAGAACAGAAAAACAACCCAGAUUAUAACUGGAAUGUUCGGAAAACAUAAGGACAGCUCAGAAAGGGGAGAGCAAGCGUCAUCAAACACGUGGAUAUUUUCGGUCUGAUCCAACAGUAGCCAGUUACCUAGACCAGUAAGUGGAGCUUCUGGACAUGCCGCUGCUGUCAACUCGCUGGCUGAAGGAGCACUUCAAGGAGCGGAAGGCCUCUUAUUGGGUCCAGCCUUGAUUUGGGUCACCACUCCUGCACUUUGUCGCCCCAUCCUAUUCCAGCCUAGUUCUGGCCUCCCACUUUGAUGAGCCACUAGGAGGAAAGAUGACUUUUUGUGCACCAGCUUCACUGGGCUGUCUCCCCAGUGAAGGAAUAGGGACUCUUUAGAGUCACGGAUGUUUUAUUGCCAGGGCCAGUGUUCCUUGGACCUGGGUGCGGUGGUCAGGGGAAGGCAUUGGUGCCUGAAGGCUGCCGGGACCUGGGGGUAGAGUGUGUAACCUGGUUCACUCUGACAUGGCGGAUGCUGCUGGCGGGGAUUGGGGGCGAGUGGGUGGGGUCUCGCACCAGAGGACUUGAAGGGGAGCAGGUACGCCCCUUAAAUGUGUUUUUGGGAGAAAUUAUACACUCAGCCUCAUUAUGUGAAACCUACAGGCGGGGGUAAGAGGGAAACAAUUUUCACAGUGGCUUCUUCCUUCCUGACACUAAUUUUCCCACACUGUCUGUACAUUUCAAAGGUUUGGUCCCCGGAGUGGGCCCCCUUUUCCCCCCUGUGCCAGGGAAAGUAGGGUCCCUCCGGCUGACUUUGGAGUACUGUGAGUUAGGCAGCGUUGAUGCCGGCAUGGGUCUUACUUGAUUUGGGGGGGGGCUG